CCUCUGAUCACUUCAGAGAGCAGAAGGAAGAACUACUGCGUGGUGUGCUAAGGGAUAAUAUUCACUCAAGAACUCAACAUGAAUGGUACGACUGUGUUACUAGGGAAUGUUACUGCUGAGGAGCCAAAGCCGGUGUACGCUGCUCUCUUUGGCUGCAUCUUGGGCCUUGGUCUGCCUCUCAACGCCGUGUCUCUGUGGAUUCUGCUUCGCCACCACAGCCUCAAGUCUCCCAGCGCCGUCUUCAUGGUCAACCUGGCAGUCUCAGACCUGCUGCUCGUCAUCUCUUUGCCCAUGAGAGUCUAUUUCUACGCCACAGGAAUCUGGCCUCUAAGCACAACAGCGUGCUUCAGUUUAACGCUGCUCUUUCACGGCAACAUCCGCUCCAGCUCCAUCUUUAUCACCAUCAUCAGCGUGGACCGGCUGCUGGCUAUAGUUUAUCCUCUGAGGUCACGGCAUCUUCGAACCUCUUCCAAUGCCUGGAAAGGUGCUGCGUUCGUUUGGCUGUUUGUGUUGGUGAUUCUCAUCCCACCAAUUGUGAUCGGUUCAGGAAAGUCAAACCGCACCAAAACGUCUUGUUUUUUAUCAAAAGGAGGGAAUUCCAUACCAUCACACGUUAUUUAUUUUCAGUUUGUGUUGGUGUCCAUCCUGCUGGCAGUCAACAUCGUGUGCACGGUUAUGGUGUCGUGGACUCUACGCAGUCAUCUCAGCGACUCUGCAAAGGUCAAGAACAAGAUGAAUGUAAUGCUGAUUUUUAUCCUGAACUUGGUCAUGUUCACCAUAUGUUUCUUGCCUGCGACGCUCAGUGUGGUUGCAGUUCCUGACGGUGAUCACUUGUCGAUGAUAUGUCUGGCUGCUGUGAACUGCUGCCUGGAUCCGCUGUUGUAUUACUUUUCUUUUGAUGCCUUCUGGAGGAAAAAAGAUGACGUGGAUGUGUCAUGAGAACAGUAGAAAAAGAACAUAUUCAGAUUUUCGAGGCAAUGUUGUGGAUUUCCUAAUUUCCUGCAAAAUGUGAGACAUGGGAUGUGUUACAAGUUGGACCAUGUCAUGUUUUUUCCUUUUUCGUUUGAAGCUUAGAGCAAGGCAGACGGAGAACAUGCUCGCCAACUUUCGGGUAUUUUAUUUGUGUCUAUGGACGGCAAAAAUCUCAGCUUCACUUCCACCAAGAGUCCAAACAGGUGUAGAAGAAAUCAUCUUAAAAGGAAUAUUUGGGCCUGUUGGGAAAUAUGUGCACACGCGGUAGUUAAAGUAAGACUGAUGCUACUCUUGUGUGUUUAUUUGCAAAUAUAAAUGUAGAGGAACCAUGAAGUCACACUUCCUGAUCGUACAGAGGGCCAUCUGGACAAGUGAGUGGUGUGAGUGUGUACAGCCGUUGUUAUGUCGGUUAAUAAGUGAUGCAACUUGAAAUGUAUGUUGGAAAACAUAGAAAAAGCCAAAGCUGGCUGAAUGUAAGGUGCAUGUGAGGACUAACAUUCACGAUGGUUCUCUUUGAAGGUGAAACCAAAGUGUAAAUACAAUGCAAACGAUUCAGAUUUAUAGGAAUUAAAGUUGAUACUCUUCGCUU